AUGGAUUCAAAAAAAAGAACUCGACAUCAGAAAAAAUGUGAUAGUAAUUAUGCAACAGCAGUUACAAAAUCAAAAUCUUCAAGCAAAUCCAAAAAAUCAAAUAAUCAUAGUUCGCUCAACAAUCAAAUUCCGUCUCCAACCGUUUCUAAUUCAAACAAAAUAACUACCAUAACUAAAAAUCAUCAAUCUUCAUCAAAAUCGGUUAAAACCUCAUCGACUAAAACGUCACAAGUUCUUUUAGGGUUUCCGGAUGGAAAUAUAUUACUCGAAGAGGAUAUUGACCCAUAUUUAAGUAAAAUAGGUGGUAUUCCAAAUUGGUUAAUCAAAUCUUAUCCACCUCCACAUGAUUUUAUAAUUUGUAAAAAUUGUGAAAAAGAAAU